AUGGUCCCCCGGCGUGGUGACGCCGUUUGUACUUCGCGACGAUGUGAGCUGCGCCACCUGGUUGCGUGGGCGGAGGGCGUGAUAACACGCAAGCAAAUCGAUGUGUCUAUUGAUAGACUUGGUGUCGGACACCCACGCCUCCAACAGUUCUCGCCCCGUCUUGUUGCCGGCUCGCGCCAAUAUCCACGUUUUAGCGAAGCCGAACUCAUGGCCUUCAUCCAGCGUGUGAGUGGCGACUUGAGAUAGUGGGUCGCCUUUUCGAACGGCCCGUUUGUGCUCAAGUCUUCGCGAGCUGAGACGUCGUCCUGUGUGGCCUGUGUAGUGGCAAGGACAGUUUUGGCACGGGGUUUGAUAGACUACGCCCGAUUGUUCACCUGCGUCCAGCGCUUUUCGACCGGGUAAAAAAGCAUUGUAACGAGCCCGAAGGAAGGAUGCAAGAACUACGGCAUCUCCGGGACCAAUCAACAAAGAACGGCUACCCAAAUAGGUUUAUCAGUCGCUGCAUACGCAGGCACCCACGACGGACAAACGGAAAAGACACCAACAAUUUGGCACUCCCUACCGUACAUAAAGAAUGUGUCCGAGGCUACAGAACGCAUUGCGUCAGAGCUAGGCGUGGUCAUCGCUCAUCAUUCGGCAGCUACCAUGCGUAGCAGGAUCAUGAAAGUGAAGGAUCGGCUGGACGCAGGUGAACAAUCGGGCGUAGUCUAUCAAACCCCGUGCCAAAACUGUCCUUGCCACUACACAGGCCACACAGGACGACGUCUCAGCUCGCGAAGACUUGAGCACAAACGGGCCGUUCGAAAAGGCGACCCACUAUCUCAAGUCGCCACUCACACGCUGGAUGAAGGCCAUGAGUUCGGCUUCGCUAAAACGUGGAUAUUGGCGCGAGCCGGCAACAAGACGGGGCGAGAACUGUUGGAGGCGUGGGUGUCCGACACCAAGUCUAUCAAUAGACACAUCGAUUUGCUUGCGUGUUAUCACGCCCUCCGCCCACGCAACCAGGUGGCGCAGCUCACAUCGUCGCGAAGUACAAACGGCGUCACCACGCCGGGGGACCAUUGUGGAACAGGCGACACAAACCUGACCUAGCCACGGAUGUAGCCCCCUCCCCUCCGCGUGGAACUACGAUAUAAAUGUUCACACGUUGCUGCACUCUAGCAGUCUCUGAUGAUGAUGAACGCCAGUUAGAGUUCGAAAGCUCAGGCCAAUAAAACUACUGUCCCAUUGAUCGUGCCUCCUUCUUCUUUUAAACAUAAACCUGAGAUGCGCUUAUUCUCUUCCAUUCGUGAGAUGUUACUGUGCUUGACUUCAAAUGAUACUACUCCUUACUUGUCUGACUUGCCUUCUUAUCUGCCUGCUUACUUCCUGAGCCGUUUGCUGCUCUUUUGCCUGCUCUGCGUCUGUUUGCCUGUCUGUCAGUCUGUUCCUCUCUCUGCUUAUAGCUUGGCUUUUCUGUGCUUGACUUCGAAUGAUGCCAUGCUACUCCUCCCGGACUGAUGACUGUGUCUGCUUGUCCAUCCCAGCUGUGAGUCCCAUAGCAUUCUGUCGUGUGUAUGCUCUCUCCUACUUAACUCCACCCAUCACCACCAAGGUCCCAGGCUAACUCUGGUCGUUCUCUUACUAGUAAAAAUUCGUGGCCCAUAGUGGAGUUCGGCAGCCGUCAGGGAUAACCGGGCAGCCCUAUUUUGGGGGUGCGCUGCCUGCCCUCGCAAGGGGGAAGGGGCCAGAAAAGGUGCAAUAAAAAUUGCUCGGAACCACGCUGUCUGUAGGCUGGCCGUGGCCGCAGACAAAACACACACGGUCGAAACAGCCAAAACCGAAACAAUACUAAUCUCUCUCUUCCUCGUUCUGCCAAUUCUCCUUCUUCCGCUCCUUCUCCUUUUCGCCGCCACAAUCACCAGACUGGCAGGAUGAGUCCGCUCACUCUGGCAGCCUCGAAUGUUCGUUCCUUUUUAGACAAUCCGAGCAGCAGCUGACCGGAACGGAGGACAGCGCUAGUGGCCCGGGAACUGACGAGCUACGUGGUGGACAUCGGCGCUCUCAGGGAGACCCGAUUCUCCGAACAGGGUUUACUGGGGGAGGUAGUUGCCGGCUACACCUUCUUCUGGAGUGGUCGUCCCAGGACAGAGCGACGAGAUGCGGGUGUCGCCUUGGCCAUCCGGGACGACAUCGUGAGACGACUGCCCUGUUUGCCGCAGGGCAUCAACGAUCGCCUGAUGAGCCUCCGUCUACCUCUCCGGCGUGGGGGCAAAUUCGCCACCAUCAUCAGCGCCUACGCUCCGUCGAUGACCAGCCCCGACGUCGCAAGAGACAAGUUCUACGAGGACCUGCACGCCCUCAUGGCGACUGUGUCGAAGGCGGACAAGUUGAUUGGCCUUGGCGAUUUCAACGCCCGCGUCGGCACAGACCAUGCUGCCUGUAGAGGAGAGCUAGGUCCCACGGUCUCCGCGGCUCCAAAGACAAUGGUCUGCUGCUUCUCCGCACCUGAGCAGAAAACCGCCUCAUCCUGA